AAAGAAAGAAGCCUUCAGGUGUAUUUUCCAUUCAAUUCUGCCCGGAAAUCUUCUGAAACCACUAUUUUAUUCCAUUUUCGGAGUUUCUCCAUCAAAAUCAUGAAGUGGAUCACGCCCAAGGACGGGUUCUCGACGGGAAUUGAGGUGUUCAAUUGCAUUGCCAAGGAAAAAGUCCCUCUGAUCUUGAGGAGAAAACAUCUGGCCACGCUGUACACCUGCGGACCGACAGUGUACGAUGACACACACAUAGGACAUGCCAGCACUUACGUGAAACUGGACACAAUCCGUCGGAUACUCAACAAACACUUCGGCGUGCGUGUGUUUUCUGUGAUGAACAUCACGGAUAUCGAUGAUAAGAUCAUCCGGAGGAGUCAGGAGAUGAGGUGCUCGUGGGAAGCCGUUGCCAGAGAGAAUGAGGAGAAGUUCUGGAGGGAUUUGAGAGCAUUGGGAGUGGUUCAACCUCAUGUAAAGAUGCGCGUGUCUGAAAAUAUCGAGGAGAUCGUCAAAUUCAUCUCCAGACUCGAGAAGAAGGGAUUAGCGUACGAAGCCACAGACAAUUCAGUGUACUUUAAACUCAAAGACUACAGAGGGUACGGGAAAUUGCAGAAGCUAUCUCAGGAAGCGGACAAGAAUGCGGAUUUCGCACUGUGGAAGGCAGCCAAGGAGGGAGAGCCAUUUUGGGAGUCUCCCUGGGGGCCAGGACGUCCUGGGUGGCACAUAGAGUGCUCAGCCAUGGCGAGCAAGAUCUUGGGAUCGACCAUUGACAUCCACGCAGGUGGAAUUGACCUCAGAUUUCCACAUCACGAGAACGAGGAAGCGCAGAGUUGCGCUUAUCACGGAUGUGAGCGGUGGGUGAAUUACUGGCUCCACACAGGACAUCUAAAGCUGUCAGGAGACGCUCAGAAGAUGAGCAAAUCCCUCAAAAACACAAUCUCCGUGGAGGAACUCUUGUCAAAGCAUUCGCCUGAUCACUUCCGGAUGCUGUGUCUGCUGACCAACUAUCGCAGAGAGAUGGUGUUCAGCGAGGAGGCCAUGCAAAUGGCCAGGAAGGUUCUUCAGCGCUUUCAGAACUUCUUGCAAGAAAUGGAGGUCAUUUUGAGCGGAAGCAGGCAAAUAAAUGACUUCAAUCAGCAGGACAUCUUUGAGAAAUACUCAAAAGCCACAGAAGAUGUGGAUCAACAUCUCAAGGAUGACUUCAACAUGGCCAGUGCUCUUCAGACGUUACAAGAAUUUAUCUCUUUCGUCAGCAAGGCAAUCAAUUCUGCACCUAAAGACGGAAGAAGCUCUCCAGAAAUUGGAAUUCUUCAGCUUUCCAAGGAGUUUGUUGAGGACACCCUGAGCAAUAUGGGAUUUUCACUGCCCGGAAGUUCUGCAGAUGCACAUUCUGAGUCUUCUGAGGAUGCUGUGAUGGAGAAAAUCCUAGAAAUCCGUCAGAGAUUGCGAAAGGACAGGAACUUCUCGGCUGCCGACGUCAUCAGGGAUGGAUUGCGAGAAGCUGGACUGGAGAUUAAGGAUCACGGAGAGAAAUCUUCAUGGUCCAGACGACGAUAACACUCAAUUGUCCUCAUGAAAGGCAACAUGCCGAGGCACAUCUUCACCACUUCUCCAUUCUCCACAGCCACGCUGUGCCGCAGGACAUUCAAGGCGUGCUCAGGCGUCAGUUCCUGCUGUAGGAAAUCCCUGCAAA